CUUCCGCUGCGCGGGAAUGCGCAUCGUCUCCCGCCUCUUAGGCGGUGAUUAGAUUUUGUUUCUUGCAAAGUCACUUUACUGCCUCAAAAUGUCGAUGCUCGAAAAGCUACAGAUUCAGGGCAUAAGGAGCUUCGGUCCGCAAGAAGCUGACAGGCAAAUUAUAACCUUUUUCUCCCCGCUGACGCUAAUUCUUGGCAGCAAUGGCACGGGCAAGACGACCAUCAUCGAGUGUCUGCGCAAUGCGACUACGGGCGACUUGCCUCCGGGUCAAGGUAAAGUGUUCAUCCACGACCCGAAGCUCAACAGUGAGACCGAGGUGAACGCCCAGAUUAAAUUGAAGUUCAUCGACGUCACGGGCUGCGCCAACGUGUUGACGCGAAGUUUCCUUUUGCGUCAAAGCAAGACGAACACUACGUUCAAGACCGUCGACUCAGCGCUUGUCCAGUACGCGAAAGACGGCACGAAGACCGUCGCCACGCCGAGGUGCUUCGACGUCGGCGCCACUGUCAUCGAACUUUUGGGCGUCCCGCGUGCCAUACUGGAGAACGUCAUCUUCUGCCACCAGACUGAUUCUAACUGGCCACUCUCAGAGGGUCAGGCGCUCAAGACCAAGUUCGAUAACAUAUUCGCGGCAACCCAGUACAUAAAGGCCCUGGAGCAGAUUCGCAAGCAGAAAAUAGAGUACACAAGCGGCAUGAAGAUGAUGAAGGAAACCAUCAAGUUCCUGCAAGCGAACAAGGAGAAAGCCGACGAGUACGAAGAUGAGGUCGCAAAGUCCGAGCAGCGACUUGAAGACUGUGCCAGCACGAUACGCGACAUUCAAGAUAGGCUGGAACCGCUGAGCACUGCUUGGAAGGCGCUCGAAGAGAAGCUGGACAAGGAGCGAAACCUUCAGCAAAAGCUCUCUGCUGAAAAGGAGCAGCUUCAGUACACAGAAAACGAGAUCAAGCGAAUCACAUUGAACCUGAAAGAUGUCUUUGCCGGUACUGAGGAGCAGUUAAAGCAGGAAAUCGAAAAUUUUCAAAUUAAGAUGCUUGAGGACAAGGCAUCUCUAGAGAGGGAGAAGACAGCCCUCCAGGAAGCGUGCUCGCUGUUGAGCACAAAUAGCGACGAGCACAAAAAGCUGCUGCCCGUGUUGGGUCACUUGCAGAGUGAACAGCAGGCUGUCCAGGAGACAUCGCAGAAAGUUGAACUAAAGUUGGAACGACUGAACAAAAACCAAUGUUUAAAUGUUGAUGUCAUGUCCAGCGAUUCUCUCAAGGACAAGGUUAUGGCUGUCCUUGCCGGACUUGAGAGGAAAAAGAAUGAAACCCAAAGACGUUUUCAGGAUGCAAAGCAGGAAAGUGAGGAGCAGGAGAAGGCUCUGCAAGGAAGAAUAGACUCUGCACGUGAGCUGAAGUCAAAGUGUGAGCAGAAACUAGAUUCUGCACGAAAAAGCAUUGACGAAAACAGCAAGGAGAUUAUGAGGAUUCGCAAGGAACUCCUUGAUGCCAAGACUUACAGCUCUCAGGUGAGAGAUCUGAACAGUGAGAUCGAGAGGUUCAAGCAGGAGAUCGGAGCUCUGGAAGGGGAGGACACCCGUGAAGGCCUGCGAGAGAAGAUUGACAGCAGCCAAGCACUGAAAGAUGAAAUCGCCGGCAAGCUGGACAAGCUCAAUGCAGACCUCCUUAGUGCCCAGCGUUUCAGUAAAGAGCAGGCGGAGCUCGAUAGGAUCAGACAGGACAUUGAAGAGAAGUCUGCGGCACUUAAAUCGCUUAUAGAUGAGAACAAGGAAAAAUUUGCAGAGCUUCUCGGCAGUGUGCCCACAUCAGACUUUGGCAAGCGUGUGAAGGAAGUUACAGCACAAAUUGAAAGUGAUGUCAGUUGCCUCCGGAGCACGGUAAGCAAGCUCCAUGCGAAAAAGAGCUCUCUGGAAGCGCAGCUUAAGAUGCAUGCUGAGGACUUGAGAAACAAGGAGAACGAGCUUGAAAAGAGCCGGAAAAAGAUUGUUGCGGUCUGUGGUUCCGAAAACUUGGAUGAAAGUAUAAGCGACCUCAGUCAGUUCAUUGAAAAAGUGCGCGAAGAAACUGGCUCGCUGAGUGGGAAGCUUGCCCUGUACAAAAGUUACGCCAGGUCCCUGAGAGCAAAACCGUGUUGCCCGCUCUGCAAACGAGAUUUUGACAAAAGGGAGUUGGUGAAAAACCUCAUUGCCGACCUGGAAAAGAGCAUCGACACACUUCCCUAUGAGACCAAAAGAAAGUCUGACGAGAUUUCCGAAAAGGAAAACCUCUUUAAUGCCAUGCAGCGGCUUAAGGGUGAUGAAACAAAGAUGGCACAGUUGAGGACUCACGACAUUCCAAAGCUGAAGCAGAAGAUUGAGAAACUGAAAGCUGAGCAGGCAUCCCUGGAAGCUCAACUGGCCAAGGAGGAAGAGAUUAUGGAAAACCGCCUGUUUGACGUGGCCAUGGCGAAUUCUGUGGCAAACGAAGCCGAGCACAUUGAUCGCCUGGAGCUCGACAUAAACUCGCUUCGUCGCAGCCUGGCAUCCAAGUCGCCCAGAUUGCAACAGCUUGGCUCUGUUAAGUCCACGGAAAGCAUCCUUUCCGAAAUACAGGACCUCACGAGCCAAGGCAAAGUGUAUGACAAGAACCUGCAUGCCUGCCGUUCCAAGCUGGAACAGCUCCACAGCUUGGACAUGUCUCUCAAGGACGCUCAGAGUGCAAAGUUGCGACUCGAGUCAAAAAUGAAGGAGGAGUCAAUAUUGCACGAGCAAAAGACUAAGCUGGAGUCUGAUAGUGUGACAUUGAAGAGUUCGUUGGAAGCCCUCAGAAAGGAGCUGCAAGAGCACCAACACAAACUGGACAAGGCACAGAAGGCCAAAAGCAAUGCAGCAGGCGAAACUGAGAACCUGCUGGACAGACUGCGGUCAGAGGUAAGCCAGCGCGCAUUGGAAAUAGAGGACCUUCGGAAGCACUUUGACAAGAUUCAGGAGUACAGUGCCAGCGGAAACCCUCAGAGGCUGUUAGAUGUGAGGAAGAAGCUGGAGUCGCUGAGGGAACAUGGUCGAAAACUAGAAACUGAAAAGGAAGAGAAGGCUGCUCAUGUGAGGCGCCUUGAGCAAGGUCUGUCGCGGCAGGAACUGAGAGAGCGUGAACUAAAGGACAACUUGCAUGUGAAGGAGCUUCAGAAGAGAAAGCAGCAGCAUGUUGACAAGAUGGAGGAAAUCAGGGAUGACAUGAGGCGCUGCGGGCUGGGAAACCUCGAUGCCGAGAAGCAGAAGAUUUUAGAAAAGAUUGAGAAGCUCAAAAGGGACAAGAGAGCAACGGAGAUUCAGGAAGGCGAGCUCAGGGUGAAGAUCGCCGCUGCCAAGAAGGAGCUCAGCGGGCACUUCAAGGACGCCGGGAAAAAAUACACGAAAGCGCUGACUGAGAUGCACGUGAAGGAGUUCAUAAGCAAGGACCUUGACAUGUACUACCGAGCUCUCAACUAUGCCGUGCUGAAGUACCACGAGCAGAAGAUGAAGGACAUCAACCGCGUCAUCAAGGAGCUCUGGCAGGACACCUACUGCGGCGAUGACAUUGACUACAUCCAGAUCAGGACCGACACGGACAACAAGGGCCUUGAGAGCUCUCGCCGUUCCUACAACUACCGGGUGGUCAUGGUGAAGGGAAAAGUGGAGCAGGACAUGCGAUGCCGCUGCAGCGCGGGCCAGAAGGUGCUUGCGUCGCUCAUCAUUCGGCUGGCACUUGCAGAGAACUUCUGCCACAACUGCGGCAUACUCGCUCUGGACGAGCCGACCACGAACCUGGACCGGAGCAACAUCCAUGGCCUUGCGUUGUCGUUGGGAAAGAUUGUCCAGGCACGUAUGAACCAACGAAACUUCCAGAUGAUCGUCAUCACCCACGACGAAGAGUUUAUGCGGCUCCUGAGUGAGCGCAACGGUCACGCCGAGUACUUUUACAAGGUCGAGAAGUCCGACGAAGGCUGCUCACGCCUGACCAAGUGCCGGCUCAGCACCAUCAUGUAGCCUCCACAUUUUUCAAGACUUUGUGUUCCACAAGACUGUGAUAAGAGUGUUACACGUGUAGGGAUGUGUGUGUACAAGAAAGCAGGAAAGCUUCUUGUUAUAUACGUUAUGAGAAGACUGAAUAUUAUUUUCUAAAUUAAUAACUGUAUUCUGUGCCUUAGUUAUUAAACGUUGCUAGUACUUCAGAUUCUGGAAAUGUUAGU